ACGUCAGCUCCACAUAGACUUGCGCGCACCGGAUGAUAGCUAGGAAGCCCUCAUAGUAUUUUUUGACAGUAGAAACCCUAAUUUGCUCCGGUGCGUCACUCAAAUAAUCCCCACCCUCCACCACCGAGCCGGUCGCAGAUCUUCGAAGAUGCCGUUCAAGCGGUACGUGGAGAUUGGGAGGGUGGCUCUUGUCAACUACGGGAAAGACUAUGGGAAGCUGGUUGUGAUCGUCGAUGUUCUCGAUCAAAACAGGGCUCUUGCUGAUGCCCCUGACAUGGUGAGGAGUCAGAUGAACUUCAAGAGACUAUCACUGACUGAUAUAACGAUUGACAUCAAAAGGGUUCCUAAAAAGAAGACCCUGAUUGAAGCCAUGGAAAAAGCUGAUGUGAAGAACAAAUGGGAAAAUAGUUCGUGGGGCAGGAAGCUGAUUGUGCAGAAGAGAAGGGCUGCACUCAAUGAUUUUGAUAGGUUCAAGAUUAUGUUGGCGAAGAUCAAGAAAGGUGGAAUUAUCAGUCAGGAGCUUGCCAAACUCAAAAAGGAGGCAGCCUAAAGUUGGUUUUCUUUUCAUUAAUCGAUCCCCAGCUCAAGUUUUAGCCUAUAUUUUUUUUUUCCCAGUGUUUGGCAUUGUGGGAUAUAUUUCAAUUGUUUGGGGUUUUCUUUUUCAUUAGUAUAACCUGUGCCAGUUUUGGAAGACUUGUCAAGUAUUCAGCAUCAUGCAACUUUUCCUUUGAACUGAUAGCCGUCAGUGCUUGCACAAAUGUGGAGAACCAUUUGUCUUUAAUCAUUGUCAUGAUGCAAAUUAAGCGAGUUAU